GCGACCGGAAGUGCAUUGCAUCGCUAAUAAGUGUGUUUUCUUUCCCCUGAGGCAUCAGUGUUUUCAACGGGACUCAACUCACUAGACUCACCAUGGACGCCUGACCUGAAGCGAAAUUUGACUCCUUCCGUUAUCAUUUGUCACCAAACAUUUCUACAAACUUUUCCAGGGAAACUUUCGGUGGUUUUAUGUCCAAAAAACAAGAAUGCAACCCCCGCCGAGAAAGGUCCGGGUCACGCAGGAGCUCAAACACAUCCAUGGCGAGCAGAUGAGCCAGCUCCAGAUCAACCAUCAGACACAAUGUGACCUGCUGGAAGAUCUGAGGACGUUCAGCCUAAAGAGGGCGGCUGUGGAAAAGGACUACGCCCAGGCUCUGCAGAAGUUGGCGAAUCAGUUUCUGAAGCGGGACUGGCCUGACAGUGUGAAGGAUGAGGAACCCGAUCACAGGAACAUGUAUUGUGUCUGGAGGGCUUAUCUGGAGGGCACGGUUCAGGCCACACAGUCCAGAAUCAGCACCUGUGAGAACUACAAAGUCCAGGUGGCAGAUCCGGCCAAGACGGUGCGGCUUCAGAAGGAGCAGCAGCUCCGAAAGUGCAUCGAGCAGCUGACGGUGGUGCAGGCCGAGCUGCAGGAGUCGGUGAAGGAGCUCUCCAAGAGCAGGAAGAAGUACCAGGAAGCCGAGCUGAUGGCGCAGGCUGUGCGGGACAAAGCUGAGCUGGAAGCCAAAUCCAGGUUAAGUCUUUUCCAGUCCAAGUCCAGCCUCCAGAGGGCCACCGUUAAGCUGAAAGCCAAGAGGAACGAGUGCAACUCCAAAGCCACCCAUGCGAGAAACGACUACCUUCUCACGCUCGCCGCCGCCAACGCCCACCAGCAGCGCUACUACACCACAGACCUCAUGGACUGCAUCAAGGUCUUAGAUGGAAGGAUCUAUGAACAGGUGAAAGAUUACCUGGUUUCCCUUUGUCAGACUGAGCUGGAAACGUACCAGACGGUGCACGACACCUUCAACCAGCUCCUGAGCAGCUCGAACGGGGUGGUCCAGGAGUUUCAUCAGCAGUUGUUUGUACAGAAGAACCCUUUAUUCCAGCAGAGUCUGGACUUCUCAUACCAGCCCGUCGACUCGGACACGGUGAUGCAGCUGCAGACGGAGAGCGGAACGGCAGAGGGCCACAGUCUGGAUAAGGAGGCCAGGAAGUGGGCGAGCCGCGUGGCCCGGGAAUACAAAAGCAUCAUCCACACGCAGAGGGCUUUGGAGGAGUACGGCGUGCAGGAAGCGUCAGAGCAGAACGGCGAGCUGGAGACCAAGAUGGAGGUGGCCAGGCAGAGUCUGCGGAGGGCAGAGACGGUGAAAGCAAAGGCGGAGGCGCGGCUCGACCUGCUGAGGCAGGCGGGGGUCGCCGUGGAAACGUGGCUGAAGAGCGCCAUGAACCAGGUGAUGGAGGAGCUGGAGAACGAACGCUGGAACAACCUCGGUACCCACGAUCCUUCACUCUCUGGAACCGCCGAUCUGGAGCGCGAGGACGAGGAGGAGAUGGAGGACAGCGGAGAAGUGCUGGACGACAGCAGCUCCAGCCCAUCCAGCACCUUAAAAAACUACCCGCUCACCUGCAAAGUUCUCUACUCCUAUAAGGCGUCUCAGCCCGAUGAGCUGACCAUCGAGGAGCAGGAGAUCUUAGAGGUCAUCGAUGAUGGAGACAUGGAGGACUGGGUCAAAGCCAGGAACCGCAGCGGUCAGGUGGGCUACGUCCCGGAGAAGUACCUGCAGCUGCCCUCCUCCAACAGCCUGCUGAGCAUGCUGCAGUCUCUGGCCACGCUGGACGCCAGGUCCCACUCCUCCAGCAACUCCACUGAGCCCGAAACCGAGCUGCCUUCAGGUUCUGUGAACGGGGACUCCAGCGUCUCGUUUGCGAAAGCGUUGUACGACUACGCCGGGCAAACCGAGGAGGAGCUCUCCUUUCCCGAAGGCGCCAUCAUCCGGAUCCUCAGCAGGGAGACUCACGAGGACGACGGAUUCUGGGAGGGGGAGUUUAACGGCGUCGUCGGCGUCUUCCCUGCGGUGCUGGUGGAGGACCUGACCGGGCUGAGCGAGAACGGAGAGGGGCAGAAACCCGGCAGCGCGCAGGUCUCUCCCUCCGGUUCCGGUCAGAGCGAGCGCUCCCCCUGCAGCCCGUUCCAGCCGGGUCCUCUGCACAGCAGCCCGCUGCAGACGCCCACCCUGUCCUCCCCCAUGUCCAGCCCCUGCAGCGCCACGGCCUCCCCCAUCGGCCGACCGCCCUCCUAUCACAACGGACACCACCGACCUCCACCAGCGCCGCACAAGAGCCCAUACCACGGUCCAGCUCAAGGGACCCUGCAGCCCCCUAAGUACCCUGAAGGGGGCACCAUUCGACCCGUCCGAGCUGCUCCUCCACCCCCAAAGCAGCAUCCUCGAGGCCAGGUGAAGCGUAAGGAGGAGGUGGAGAUCACACUGGUGUGACAGGAGCCCGGAAGGACUGAUAGGAAACCUGAACCCCGCCCCCCAGCAGCAGAGGGGGCGGGGCAAUGUGCCUUUCCCGUUUACUUCUCUCACAUCACAAACAUGAAUCGUGUUCGUCGGUUUCAAGAUCUUCUGGGGGGAUUUCUUCCCAAAGGUCAAAGGUGAUCCGGUAUGAACGGUGGGGUGGGCGGUCACCCUUCAGAAGCAGCUCAGGUCUGGUUCAGUCAGAAACUCGACCCGUUUCUUCUGUUCCUGAUUCAGAAUGAACUCAUCCGUCAGUGUUGAUUCACUUUUACUUUUGGAGAAACACGGACGACAGGAAGUGGUGAAGCGCCUUAGUGUUGGGGAAUCACCUUCAAGACAUGCAGAUGGUUGAAUACUUUAGUUCAUCAUGGAUUCUCUGAAUCAGCUCCUCAUUUUUACGCCACAUCUAUGCAACCAAAACCCGCUCAGAACCCGGAGGCUGGUCCUCCGCGCCGAAAAAACAACCAAUCGGAAUGUUCUUCUGUCAAAAAAACCAAGUCAAUCUUUUGUUUGUAUUUUUUAACUCUCAACCCAUAAACUUUUCACUCACAGAUUUUGGCGUUUUUUUCGUCUGAUGUUUGACACUGAAGCGGUGAAGCCCCCCGAGCUGCUGACGUAGACCCAUACUGUCAUAGAAAAGCACUUUUUCUCGCCGUCUCCUCCCUCAGUAUUUUGAUUGAAGUCUGUUUACCAGCUGUAUGGUAUUCGUGUCUUAUCAGCCUUUGUGUUAUUUAGCCUUAAAUAGCCGUUGUAGUGUCUUUAUUUCUUAUGUUUUAAACGUAUAGUUUACACAAAGUUUGUUUAAAUAAUAGCAGAACUUUUCUUUUCUUCUGUUAGGUUUAGGAAUAAAAGAGGUUUUGAUCCGAGGAGGGUUCUGUCAGCCGUGUUGCUGUGUUCUGGUUGAUCUCUUUGAGAUCUGAAUGACAUCAAACUUAUUUUUGAAGUUUGCAUUUUACCCUGAUGUAUUAAAAAAAAAGAAAAAAGUCUGAACGUUUCUUUUCCAUCAGAGAAGUCGUCGUUGACCUGAAAACGGUUCUGAUUCUCCUGAGGUUCUGUAGGAAGUCCAGUUUUUACGCGGACGGCUCUGCAGAGGCUGCAGGCCGCCGCAUUUACACGCCAGUGGACGUUUAUCUGUAUUUAUUGUGUACAAAUAAAUGUGAAGUAAAGAUAGAUGAAAUGAAAA